UGGUGUGGAGCGAGACCAUAGAGGAAAAAGUUAGUUACAGGAGUGGAGAGAAAAGGGCACAAUAUAAGUUGCAAUCGCCCUCCAAAGCGUCGUUUCGCUCUGUGGAUUUGGCUCCUCGAAAUGGUAAUUGCUCGCUAGUCGCCAACAGAGACAGAGAAAGGAAAACGAAGAAUACGAAACCAGAGUGUGAACGACACAACGCAAGAACAAGAACAAGAACGUCGCAGUUUUUAGUUAGAAAGAAAAGAAAAGAAAAGAAAGCUUCAGGGUGGGGAAUGACGCAUUCUCCUUUUCCACUUCACGCGAUUGAUUUAGAUUGAAGGCUAAAUCGGUCACAGGCUUUUAUGAUGCUUUGUUGUUCAUUCUGUUUGAAUUUGAGAGACCGAAUUCAGCCAUGGAUGCGCGACUACGAUAGGCUCCAGUCAUUCGCUGUAAUCCUCAUUUACGUUCAGAUUGGGUGCGCGUUAAUUGGAUCGCUGGGAGCAUCGUACAAUGGUGUGUCGCUCAUUAAUCUGGCAAUCGCGUUGUUCGCUUUGGUCGCAAUUGAGAGUAGCAGUCAGAGCCUUGGCCGUACCUACGCCUUUCUUCUCUUCUGUGCCAUCUUGCUCGAUAUUUCUUGGUUCAUUCUUUUCGCUCACGAAAUUUGGAACAUUUCUACUGAGAAGUACACAGCAUUUUUCACGUUUUCAGUGAAACUUACUCUGGCUAUGCAAAUUGUUGGUUUUAUAGUGAGGCUAUCAUCCUCGUUGUUAUGGAUUCAAAUUUAUAGGUUGGGUGCUUCCUAUGUGGACACAGUUUCUAGAGCAGCAGAUUCAGACUUGAGGAGUAGUUUUAUGAGUCCUGUGACACCGGCAGUAGUUAGGCAAUGUUCCGGUUCCAAUGAGAUACUUGGAGGCGCCAUCUAUGAUCCAUCAUACUACUCAUCCCUAUUUGAAGAUGGUCAAGAAAACAAAUAUUCAUAUGGGAUGCACAAUCAUGAUAUUACCCAGAAUGAGUCAACAUCAUCUCCUGAAGUUUCUCAGAAGUCAUCCGUGGGCAGAUCUUUCCAGGCAGUGGAUGAAGAGAAUGGUUUAAUCAAGAAGGAACUUGUUUGAUAUAGAGCCUCAAAAGCAUUGUUCUCACUCCUAUAUUGGUACACGUUUCUUUUUCAAUAUCCAGCAACCUGUAUGGGAAUGGGUGUUUGUACCAUAUGCAAUUUGUUGGCAACUUUCUCAUUGUGAAUGUUGGUGGAAAGGAGAGGCGCACUGACUGGUGCAUCUUAUGACAAGAAUGAUAUCCCGUUUUUCCUUGAAAUUGUGCUAAGGAAGCCAUUCUGGUUUCGUGUUAGUUGUUACUGACAAAUCUCAAAGCAGUUUAGCACACUGCGCUCUAGCUUUGCAUGGUGCAUCAAUAGGUGGAAAAGAUGCCUGGGGAUGUAUUAUCUUUUUUCCUCGGUUCUUUUUGCCUUUUUUGCUCUUUUCUUUUCUUUUUUCCUUUUCCUUUUUGCAGUGGUUGAUUAGGCGGCCAGUUAGUGAAUCUGUAGUUACCAAGGGAAUACCAGCAAAAUAUUAUUUUCAUUUCAUUUUUUUAAAAAUUAGACCAUGAGGAUAUAUACGGUAUAAAAGAUGCUUUGAAAUCAAUUGGUGUUCAUAUUGUAAUUGAAUUGAGCAGCACGUUGGCGACUAUCGAUUCUCCAACACUUAUUGGUCUAGUAAAACACUCAGAUAUAGAAUUUAAAUUGACAGGACUCUAAAGCCUGUAAAUUGA